AUGUAUAAAGUUAUUUUUGUUUUGGGCGGCCCUGGAGCCGGUAAGGGAACCCAAUGUGACCGCCUGACGACAAAGCUUAACUGUGCUCACAUCUCCGCUGGUGAUUGCCUUCGAGAAGAACAAGCCCGUCCCGAUAGCAGCGAUGGCAAACUCAUCAAAGAAUACAUUACAGAGGGCAAAAUCGUCCCCAUGGAAAUUACCUUGCGUCUCUUGGAUGCUAAGAUGAAGUCUUACAGCCUUCAGGGCAUCAACACCUUUUUGAUUGAUGGAUUUCCACGUAAAAUGGACCAAUUUGAAGGUUUCGAAAACACCAUCUGCCCUGCUGCUGUUGCUCUUUUCUUCUACUGUGGUCAAGAAGUUAUGUUGAGUCGUUUAAUAAAUCGCGGAAAGACCAGUGGUCGAGAUGACGAUAACACCGACUCCAUCAAGAAACGUUUCAUUACUUUUACCGAAACUUCCAUGCCUGUUGUCAAUGCUUUGAAAAACGACAGUCGCUGUAUCACCAUCAACGCCGAGCAAGACCCCGAUACUGUCUUUCAAAAUACGGUCGAUGCUUUACAACCCUAUCUAUAG